AUGCCGGAGCCUGCAAACAGCAAUGUGAAGCAAACGCCAGGCCGUCGCCGGCCUGGCCCGAACGCAGCUCGCCCAUCCUCAAAGAAGAAUUAUGCUUCAGAGAAUGAUGCGGCUGCCGCCGAACCCAACUUCCACCCUGACUUUGGUCAGCGCCGUCAUGGCCCUCAAACCCCCAAGAAGGGCACGCCAAAGAGCCCAGCUCCAAACGCGCAACCUACUCCAGCCAAAUCCAACAGACGUAACGGAAACAAGAAUUAUCCCAAAAACAUAUCGACUUCUCCUGGCCCUGCCAAACCCGGACGGCGGACGCCUCCUCAAACUGCCGGCGCAAAGCCAACGUCUGCCUCGGCUGCCACCACCGCUUUUGCGGGUGCUACCUUUCACGCCUCGCCCGCUCCGUCUUCGCUCCCCCUUCCCAGCUUCUUUAUGAAACCCAACUCGCCGGAUACCCCUCGUGUGAAGUCGGCGAACGGUGUCGGUCAAGAGCCGUCACCGCCGCCGUCCGACUCGGAACAAUUGUCUGAACAGCUCCGGGACCGGUUCCUAGAGACCUCCGUCCCUGGUCAUGAGUCACCUCUGGAUAUCUUUUUCCGCGCUGAUCGCGCCGAGAAGGCUCACCGCGCCAGCACCGCCAACAUCUUCAACGGCCCGUCUGUGCCGUAUUCUCCACCGGCACAGGCACAGACCCUUCCAGACAAAAACAGCUACACCUUCCCCAGAAACUCGCAGCAUCCUCUGCGCAGGCCUCUCCAUGCACGGAACCCCUCUUCGGGUAUCUCUGCUGCUGAGCUAGAUAGCAAUUCUAGCCAGCCAAUUGGUCCGGCCUUUGCCACACCAUUUCAGGAAAGAAUGCGGGCUGUUCGCCCCUCUGAGAGCAAUAGUCCUGUUGCCAAGGGUUCGAUAGGAUUUCGAGACCUCCCCGCAUCUGCUGCCUCUCCUGGUGACCUCCAACAGUCACGUGGAACCACCAGCCAUAGCGAGGCUCUCAAGCAGUAUCUCUUCUCAAAGACUGCUCUAUCUGCGUCGGGCCCUACGACUUUCGGCAACUCUCCGGGGUUGACCUCCAGUCCUGCAAUGGCUGCGCGUCAUACCCGGGGGCCAUCUUCCGGGGCGAUAGCAUCCCGGACGACUAGCUUCGCCCCAAUAGCAUUUCAAAACAUCUAUGCCACGCCUUCCGCGCGGAUGAUGCCCGGCAGCAAUAACGAGCCUGCCAACCUCGCUGCCAUGGAGAACACCUUGCGUCAGGUCUUGAAGCUUGGCGCGCCUUCUGGCGCAACGCCGGCCGGCAAUACUUGCCGGAACUAG